AUGGCGGCACACUAUGCCACGCACGCACUAGAUUACAACAGUGGCGCCAUGCCUGAUACUUCACAAGGAGGGAAUGCGAGUGGGAGGGGGUUGGUGAAUGUGACGGCGUUUGCGGUGGUGGCGGGGACGCAGCGGAAUGCAACAGCGGGGGAGAUGGGCGUGGCGGCAGCAGGGGGGUGGGUGUGUGUGGAUGAGGGGUGGGUGCUCAUUCCUGCUGCUUACCCCCUAGACACCUGGACGCCUCCCCCUGCCUCCCCUAACGCUUCCUAUAAUGCCUCCUCUAAUACCUCCUCUAAUGCCUCCUCUAAUACCUCUGCUAAUGCCUCCUCCAAUGCCUCCUCCAAUUCCUCCUCCAGUUCCUCCUCCAAUUCCUCCUCCAAUGCCUCCUCCAAUUCCUCCUCCAAUUCCUCCUCCAAUAUCUCCUUCAAUGCCUCUGCUACUGUCCCCUAUAACGACUCUUACAAUGGCUUCUCCAUGCGCUCCCUCGCUCUCUUCGCCUUGGCCGAGCGCAAUGGACAGAACAACAUCACCUCGCAUUUGACCCUAAUAGAUGUCCUUGCAGCGAGGGCGAAUGUGGUGGAGGGGGCAGGGAUCAACUACAGCGUGACUGUAACAGCAGCAGCACAAGCAGCACCUGUAGUGUUCCAGUCGGUGUCUGGAGGAGCAAACAUGACAGGUGUGAGGGAGAGCAAGGAAGUGGCGACAGUGAAGGUGCUGGUGUGGCAGCCGGUGCCCUUCACGGCUCACCGCCUGCUUGACUUGUUCGUGUUGGGUGAUGGAAUGAGAAAUGGCUCUGCUUCUCCACCCCCCGGUCACACCUCCCUGGGAAACUACACGGCUGUGCCCAAGGCUGGCUGUUCUGGUGCUGCGCCGAUCGGAUUUGUGACCGUGCUUGGGGUGCUUGUAUCCCUUGGCUUUGUGAUCGUGCUCUUGUAG